CCGCAGUGUUGUCAUAUACAUUAACCUACAAAGUUUUACAGUGAAUCGGGGCAGCGACGACGCGAUAAGCUUUGCUAAUGAAGGUCAGAGAUGUCAAAAACAAACUCAACAUUAGCACACGUCCUCGGUCGAUAUACUAUUUAAUAAAAGGUUUAUAAGCUUUUAAAGUAGUAAGUUUUUAAAGAAAAAUGGAUAGAAUCUUGAGAGGCAUUAUGAGAUACCGUGUCUUGGACCGAGCAAGUAUGGUCAAACAGUUUCAACUUGUUCGAGACAAUCCUGUGCCGAAAGCAAUCUUUUACACAUGCAUGGACAGUAGAAUGAUUCCCACAAGAUUUACGGAAACUAGUGUCGGGGACAUGUUUGUUGUUAGAAACGCUGGAAAUGUAAUACCCCACUCUCAAUUCUUUGGGGAUGAAAUAACUAGUUGUGAACCUGCGGGAUUAGAACUUGCAUGCAUUGUGAAUGAUAUAAGGCACAUUAUAAUAUGUGGGCACAGCGACUGUAAGGCAAUGAAUCUUCUUUAUAAAUUGAAAAGUAAAGAAGAAUCAAGCAUACAACAAAGACGCUUGUCUCCAUUAAAAUCUUGGCUGUGUAAUCAUUGCCAAUCCAGCCUAGACAAAUUUCUUAAAGUAGACGGAGAUUUUGAUAAGCCAAUACUAUUUAGUGGUGAAACUCCACAAAGAGAGUUUGUUGCAUACAUUGAUCCCCAAAACAAGUUUUGCACCGAAGACAAAUUAUCUCAGGUAAAUACUCUUCAACAGCUCCAAAACGUUGCUUCAUAUCAGAUGCUGAAAAAACGUUUGGAAAAGCAUGAUUUGCAUAUCCAUGCACUGUGGUUCGAUAUUUAUACUGGUGAUAUUUAUUACUUUAGCAGACGAUCUAAAUGUUUUAUUAUCAUAGACGAAUCAUCUUACGAAAACAUAUUGGCUGAAGUACGAAAAUACUACUCCUGAUAAACCACUGUUGAUUUAUCAUGUACUUAUUAUUAAAGUUUAUAUCUUUACAUGUAAGUACAUAAAAAUAGAAAUAAAUGCUGGGACCAAUAUAAAGUGAUAUGAAAUAAAAAAUACAUAACAACUUGUCACCUUCACCGUUUUAAGCUAAAGCAAGGACUACUUUAGUUACGCUUUGACUUAUUUACCCUUCAUUUAAAAAUCUGCUGGGAUAAAUUGUUAUUUAUUUUAUUUAUACCUAGUUUGUAAGAUUAAAUCUAUUUUUAUAUAAAAUAAAAUAACAUUGUACCUACUCUAAGAUAUCAUUCUAACAAUACUUUAUUUACUGUUUUUUAAAUGUAAUGAAGAAAAAUCAUGUAUAAUUUAAGUAAAUAUAGAUCUGGUUUUCAUAUACCUUUUUAAUAAAAAUGAUGAAAAUUAAGUAAA